AUUCGACUGGUGCUUGCGGCUAUUCUUGGAGCCUUGUGGAUGCUGCUCCUUUUCAUGUCGCAGAGUUGCGCACUCGUGGGAUUGGCAUCCUACCACCCCGCUUGUCUCGUAUCAGGGCUCCACAAUACCUCGCUACCAUCCCCAGUGCGAUGUGAUCAUGACCCGGCAGUCCAGCUGGCUAAAUCCAUACUCUGGAAAUAUUGCCAGCCGCGCUUGCUUGGGCAGAGAGACCUACGAGUCGGAGCCAAGAGGACAGAUCGGGCGUUGCCUACCGGGUGUCAUAAGGCUUUUUCAGUAACCUUGACAGGGCGGACCAGGGAGGGCGACCAGGAAGAGAGGGACCGAUGAAGGGAGGGG